CCAACCCAACACCAACCAACUUUACUAGGAGACGCUGUAGAAUAGUAAUGAAUGAACGCUCGUAACUCGUAGCAACGGGAGUUUAUUUUCGGUGCAUAACAAACUGGUAGCGUUCUCUGGCUGGAGCAGUAGGCAAUGGCGCAAGUGCGUGGAUGAAAACACAAAAGGAUUGCUUGCUUGUACAGUUUUCCGUGAGUGGAUGGUAGAGUUUUGGGUGAUUCCGUGUCGCUUGCCAGAGGUCCACGACGAAAAUGGUGCUUCUUCAAGAAAUCUACUGUCCGGAGCAGAUUGUAAUACCCGAAAAUUUCCACAUUACUCUUAAGCAAUACGCUAAAGCGGUCAUACGAACGCAGCCAUUUGAUUUAUUACGAUGGUCGGCAGCAUAUUUCCGAUGUUUGGCGCUCAGUGUUCAGCCGCCGGUAAAGUCGCGCUACGAGCCACCGGAGCGUCGUGGAACCCUGACCGCUGGAAUUGUUCGAGUACUAAUUGAUCAGCUUGGUAAAGGUUAUUACGUGCACAAGAGGAUCCUUUUGGAGAAGUGGGAAGGUUUAUGUCUUCCGGAAGAAGACUUAUUGAAUGUGUUGUCACUGCUUCGCAUGCUGAAUUGGUCCCAGCUACACUGGCUGAAGAUUGUUGCCGUUUUCAUUGGUCAACUGUGUAAAGACUUUGCGAGAACCGCAGAAAUGAUCUGUGAAAUGUUAACCGAGGAUCCGGAGGGUGGCGCUGCGUCGAUACCGUUCUGGAUGUUCCGAGAGUGCUUUCUCGCUGUGGCCGAUUUAGAUUGCGGCUCCGCUCAAAAGUUUGUCAAUGGGAGGAAAGUUCUUGAUGAGGAUACCGGUGCUCUGGAGGAGGAACAGAUGCCGCCUACACUGCCGAAAGUUUUGUCAACAAUUUCAUUUAAAAAUGCCAUUAUUGACAAGUACCGUGCCACGCUAGAGCAUGAAAAUUCUGCGCUAUCUCAGACCAUCCACAUCAGCGACAACGAUCAACUUUCGGAACCGUCGGCCGUUCCCUCGAGGCUUGAAUCUGAUUUUAAGUUUUUCGGCGACGACACGGAUGCACAUGAAGUUCUCCGCCGAGCGCCCGACUUUGACAGUGUGAUAGUCAUGCUGCGACGGCUUCGUGGCGAUGGGGUCAUUUCGAUGGUCAGCGAAACAAACCUCUCGAAAGCUGCCCUUGAACGAACGCAAGAACGCUCCAAACAAAUCGAGGAACUUAAAGCAUCUAUCAGCGAAGACGAGUACUGCAAGCUGAAGGAACAGGAACGUCAGGAACUGCUCAAGGAAAUGGGACCACCCUGGUUAAUGUUGUAUCUCUUCUCACAAGACUGCUCUCGCACGAAAUCGUUCAAUUAUGUCGAACAAAGCUCUACCUCCAUCUCGGACGAUUCCGUCUCGGCCUAUUCGAUGGAGAACCUUUACGAAGACACGCUGGAGCUCGAUCCCGGUGCUACCUUUGCACGGGAACGUCGUAAAUCCAGCUUCUCGCUGCCCGUUACACUGCGGGCCAGGAUGAGCGUCAGUUCACAUUCGGCUGCGUUCAUCACGAAUGAAAUCCUCUCGAAGGUUGUGUGCUCCAUCGACCAGGCCAUCAUUGACGGCGAGUGUGAACUGACCGUGGGUUCGAUAGCCAACUUUCUUGAGCAGAAAUCAAACUCCAGCGAGGAAUUUCUAUCGCCCGCUGAUCACGAGAAACUUCAGUCAUUCCUGAAGGAAGCGGAAAGCCGCGAGCUGGAGGUGAAGGACAUUAAUGAGCUGUAUAACUUUUUCGUCAGCGAAAGCUUCAAGCACGCCUUACAAGCGAACGGCAAUGAGCCACAGCAGAAAGAGAUAUUCAGCAUUUUCGGCGAGAGCGGUAUCGAUGUUGAUGCGAACUUGCUGGAGGCAAAAAUAUCGGACAAUAUGAUUAUUGGUCUGGUAGCGCCAGCACCCCCAGUUAAGGAACCUUCGGAAGAUGCGGACGACGAACAAGGGGAGAGUGCCGAACCGAGUGCCAUUUUACCGACACCUUCAAUGGAUACCCUGCUGCCUACUGCCUGCGAAGGUACGACCCAGACUGAUCCAAUCGAAAUUGCCUGUGUGCAGCGUAAGAUCCCACUCGCUCCAACGGAUGAUCAAAGCAUCACGUACAAAUGCAAGAUAUCUCCCAUCCCAGGCAUCGGUUGCACAAUGGAUGAAAAGGUCCGGGAUGCAUUUCUCGCCUAUCUGGCACAGCGAGCUGUAGAGCAGCAUGGAUUAAUAUAUCCACGCAAUUUCCGAGAGGCUCUGUGUCCCCGUAUUGAUUAAUUUGAUCCGAUCAGAUUAAGCAAACUGAUCGAAAGGGAAAAGGAAAAGAUAACCGGGCGAUUUUUUGAACACAAUAGUGCUCCAUACCUACCACGAACAUCAUUUAUCAUGACAACACAUAACCAUUAAACGAAGCUUGUGUACAUCAUAAGACGCCGUUGUUCUACAAGCCAUGUAUGUUAUUCAAUGGGCCAUGCGGACAAAACGAAAGCCUCCCGGCAUUUCAAAUUUAACGUGCGAAUCAUUUUUUUCAAAACCGCAAUACACAUUACAUUUAUCGCAUCAUUUUUCACGUGUAGCUGACGUUUUUUUCAUUUUUCACCCAGCAACCUAUUCGCUCACCCCGCUGGCCCAAGUUGGUGUACUAUUUUUGAAUGGAAAUUACUUAACGCACACAGUUUACCACACACCGAAUGCUCAAGCUCACCGGUACAUUUUUGCUGUCAGGAUUUUGAGUGGCUUCGUACAUUCGUAAUUCUCUACCAAGGAAACCAAAUUUCGAAACCAGCGAAUCUGUUAAAAUUGAGUUUCUGUUUGUUUGCGAGCUUACCAAAUUGUU